AUGCCACGGAUAACAGUUGGGGGAGACGACGACCGUACGGCUGGUGGGGUCGUUAUUCGGACCGAUUCACAGGCCGAUGCCGUCACGGUGUACGAGAACCAAAUGUACGUGCGGCGCAUCGCCAAGGUCGAUCUUCCCGCCACGGUGACUGCGACGGGUGGGAAUCCCGCCGGGGACGACGCUGGCGGCAUGGAGGAUGGGGACGACGUUCUGCAGCUGCUCUUUGCGAUGCCGCGGGACUUUGAACGGGACUCCGUGCAAGUCCGAUUUGACGAGCGCACCGCCGCCCUCGUCGUACUUCGUGGGGUUCUCUUUGAAGAAAACUCCGUCGAAGACGACCGUGACGCGGCAGCAGGAGACACGCAGCGGCAGGAGACGCAAGAUGAGCAGGCCAAAGGGAUCAUGAUGCAGUUACAGGAGGUGGAGCAGCAAAUUGAACUCAACAAAGUUGAGCAAACUGCCGCAAGGGAUGAGGCGGAACUGAGCGCUCACCUCUUUGCGCGGGCCUGCGGGCUUCUGUCGGAUGGUCUGGGGACGGCACUGGAAGUGGGCUUCUGGGAGGCGCAACUCGCCGGGGUGGAGAAUGCCACCGUGCACGCCAAUGAGGAGCGGCGGCGACUGGAAAAAGACGCGGCCAAAUUGAAGGUGGAGAAGGAGCGGCUGCAGAGUCUUCUGCGUGAAACGUCAAGCGGAGACUCGGCAUCGAGUAAACAGACGGAGUCCGUGUGUAUAGUUCUGAAGGUCAAAGAGGCGGUGCCACACGCGGUCGUGUACGUAUCGUACAUGUCGCCUGGUGCCUCGUGGCGUGCGGAGUACGAGGUAGUGCUGGACAGCCAGCAGCAGUUGAUGACGCUGCGCUACAACGCCGUUGUGCAGGCGACCGGGGAGGGCCUCUACGACGUUGCGCUGACACUCUCCUCUGUCGCUCCACGUCGUGGCGCGGCGGAACCGCAAAUGGAGCCGUGGCGCCUCUCCCCAACCUCACCGAAAAUCGAAUGCCCUCAUAUGUUGAUGUUGAUGAGCACGACGGAUGGGAGCGUCAGGGGCUCCGCGCCGUCCAUUGAGGCGGCGGCGGUGUCUGAGACGAUGGGAAUGGUGAAUUUCACCGUCCCGUCGCGUCGCACUCUGCGUGGGGACGGCAGCAAACUUCGCGUCCCACUUACCGUCCUGCAGUGGAAGGCUGACGUGUCAUACUCGACGGUACCGUCC